AUGAGGGCGAUUGGGAGAAUUACCGAACCUCGAGUCACGUAUCAUCUAGAUUAUAUCUUCCCGCCAACCACUAUAUCUACACAUAUUGAUUCAGACUCGCAUACAGCUACUAUUCGUAUGCGAAAUACAUUGAUUUCAUUGAAUAUUUCAGUAUAUUUUGAUGAUUUUGGAAAUGGACAAUCCGUUGGUCAUGGUUGUACUGGAAAACAUGACGGUACAUGCAUGGUUGGCUUACUUAUAAACGUUUUACCUCAUGUAAUGGCUGUUUUAGAGCAAUAA